AUGUUCAUGAUCGGUUUCGUGUUAUUCUCUGCUUCUUUUUUGUUGAUCAUCCAUCUUUUGGGUUUUAAAGAAGACAAGCUUAUAAAUUGGGUGAGGGAUCAGAGAUUUGUUAGGCAACAACAACCAUCGGAUCAAGAAGAGGCAAAUAUUGAGGAAACGGAUGUAAAACAUGCUGAACAAGACACAACCAGAGACUCACCCGUUUAUGUGACACUGCUGGAUCCAGAUGUUCUUGAAUGUCCAACUUGCUGCGAGCCCCUCAAGAUUCCUAUAUUUCAGUGUGAUAAUGGACAUCUAUCUUGUUUCCGUGAUGCGAAAAAGUGA